CUGAAAAUGGCCGCCAGCUGUCAUUCGCUUGUGAAGUGUGGCUUGUUGUGAAGGAACACGACGCGGAUUCGUCACGAGACGGUUUCUCUAAGCGCGUAACACACCGCGGGGAUGCGAUGUACUUUUGUGAUGACACGCGGCUCGUUGGCUAAGAUCACACGAGAUUGUCGUGAGUGAGGGAAAAAGAGAAGAAACAAACGAGCGAGCGACAAAGUAGAGGAAAGAGAAAAAAAAGAGCGGGGAACGAGAGAAAGUGUACGGCGGCCCUCCCCUCCCCCGAUGGUGUUACUUCCACAAUUCCACGAAAGUGCGGCUAGUUUGGCUGUUUACAAUUCCUAUUUCACGUAAAGUGUGUGACUAGUCUGUUGCUCGCGCGAUCGCGAUAACGCCACCGUAACGCGACCGAGUUCGGAGUCGUCCACCGCAGCCGCCUCCUCCUCCUCCUCCUCCUCUUCCUCCUCCUCCUCCGCUUCGAUCCGUUUGCGAAUCGGUCUCGCAGUAGUCGCAGUCGCGGGGCUCUCCCGAUACUCCUUGCCCCGCGAUACACGGCCUUCCCUUGGGAGUUCUCUCGAUUUGCUUGUUUUACACUCCUCAGGGCAAUUAAGGAAGCAGAAUGGGUUCCAGUCAACAGUUCUCUCUUAGAUGGAACAAUUAUUUAAAACACAUUACUUGUGCUUUUGAAACAUUGAGAUCAGAUGAAGAUCUCGUGGAUGUUACUUUGAGUUGCGAAGGCAAAAAAAUCAGGGCACACAAAAUGCUAUUGUCAGCAUGUAGUACAUACUUUAGAGAUUUAUUUAAGGAAAAUCCAUGCCAGCAUCCCAUCAUAAUAUUUCGUAAUGUAAAAUUUGACGACUUGGCUGCCUUGGUAGAUUUCAUGUACCAAGGCGAAGUGAAUGUUAUUCAAGAGCAACUAGCAAGUUUUCUCACCACGGCAGAACUCUUGGCAGUACAAGGUCUUACAGACGGCACAGGAAAGGAUGACAGUCUAGUAGAAGAUGACAUAGAAAUUCCCAACGAGCCUGAAGUUCAACUGCAGAACACUUCCGGUAAAUCUAUGGGGGAUAACAAGAGAAAUAAGUCCCCGUCGUCUCCGAUGCCAUAUCAUGCCGUUGAAUUACAACCCGAAGUGCCGCCAAAUAAAAGGAGAAAAAUUCGAGAAAAUAUGAAUGUGAACGCGGAGAAGAAUUCGGCAGGAAUCAACGCGAAGGAUUCCGAGAAAACGGCGGAAAAUCAGACGGGACCGGGCUCCGAUCCGGUCGAAAUAAUUCCCCUCAUGCCGAACUUAAAGCUGGAGAUGCCAGAAUACUUGGAACAAGAUGGUAGCAGUUGUAGUUAUGAAGAUCAGAGUAUAGGCGACAAUGCCCUGAAUAAGAUUACUAUAGACGAUACAUCGUCGACCACGCCUGAUCAUGAACAGAAGGUCGACAUCAGUCAAACAUUUUACACGAGUCAAUCGGCAUCUGAUAGUUUGGACAGCAAACAUCAAUCAGAUGUUGGACAUCUACUAUCUAAACCAAGCACUUCGGGAGAGAGAGCAACACAGGAUGCGGUACAGGAUUCACACACGGUGGUCAUCGAACAGCCGUCGCACUCGUGCAAACUCUGCGGUAAAUCGUUUUGGAAUCGGGACUCGAUGUAUAAACACAUGAAUAUGCACAAGGGCACGACCCAGUGCCCGGUGUGCCACAAAGUGCUCAGCCGCACCACGCACAUGAAGCGCCACUUGAGGAACCGUCACGGCUGGCUCGGGACGACCGCAUCCGUCGCGGCCGGCGGCGUUGAGGCGCCGAUCUCUGUGUCGUCGACCGCCCAGACGAUCGCCCAGCAGGACGCCGGCAGUCCGUCGAGCAUCGACGCGAACGCGACCUACACGACAAUACGCAUUAGGGAGAGCAGCGUGGAAAGAAUCACCUCUAGUCCUAUUCCUUAGUGCGAAAACGCUCUACCAAAGAAAGAAUCCCGUCGACGCAAAGGAGGAUAGAUCCCGGCGAUCCUCACCAUUAUUUCAACCUGAUUCUUUUAUCAUCGGGUACAAUAGGUUUUUAAAAUGUGCCGCACUUUAUGCUAAUUGUAAAGAGUUUUCUAUAAUAAGCCAUUACCUAAGUUUUAAAUUUUAAGUUGUAAGAAAGCCCAUAAAUGUUUCGGUUCGGUUCCCUCGACUGGGAC